GAAGCGCCCGGACCGCGGGCAGUCCCGGCCAGCAGCGCAGCGGCCGCCCCGUCCCACCCCCAGCAUGUUCCAGUGGAAGAAGACCAUCUACAAAACCAUUUGCCUCUCCUUCUUGCUGGUGAUCACAGUGACAGUGCUGCAGCGGGGAAUGGCACCCAGCCAUUUCACGCAGGGCCAGCAGCAGAAAGACCUGCCCCUGCUGGAGCCCCUUAAAACGCAGAAGAGAGACAACGCCUUCUCCAUCACCAGCACUUUCUGGAACAGCAAGGAGAAAGCUCCUGGGAAGGAGGAGAGCAUAACUGCAGAGCAAGCAAAAUCCUGGGAUGUCACCACUACCAACUGCUCAGCCAAUCAGAACUUAAGCAAGGUGGACUGGUUCAAAGGGCUGGAGCCCAACUUCCAGCAGUUCCUGCUCUAUCGGCAUUGCCGCUACUUUCCCAUGCUGAUCAACCACCCUGAAAAAUGCAGUGGGGAUGUCUACCUGCUCAUUGUGGUCAAGUCUAUUAUCACGCAGCAUGACCGCCGCGAGGCCAUCCGCAGAACCUGGGGACAGGAGAAGGACGUGGAUGGCAAGAGGAUCAGGACACUGUUCUUGCUGGGCACGGCCUCCAAGGAGGAGGAGAGAGCCAACUACCAGAAACUGCUGGAUUAUGAGAACCUCAUCUAUGGGGACAUCUUGCAGUGGGAUUUCCUGGACACCUUUUUCAACCUCACCCUCAAAGAGGUCCAUUUUCUGAAGUGGCUGAACAUCUACUGUGACAAUGUUCGCUUCAUCUUCAAAGGUGACGAUGAUGUGUUUGUGAAUCCCAGCAACAUCCUGGAGUUCCUGGAGGACAAGAAAGAGGGAGAGGACCUCUUCGUGGGGGAUGUCCUCUACAAGGCCAAGCCUAUUCGGAAGAAGGAGAACAAGUACUACAUCCCCAGCGCCCUCUACAACAAAAGCAACUACCCACCCUAUGUAGGAGGUGGGGGCUUCAUCAUGGAUGGACCCCUGGCCAAGAGGCUACACAAAACCUCAGAGACGCUGGAGCUGUACCCCAUCGACGAUGUCUUCCUAGGGAUGUGCUUGGAAGUCCUUAAUGUAGCACCUGUUGGGCAUGAGGGCUUCAAAACUUUUGGCAUUGUGAAGAACAAGAACAGCAAGAUGAACAAGGAGCCAUGUUUUUUCCGGAGCGUGCUGGUGGUUCAUAAACUGCUGCCUCCAGAGUUGCUCCAAAUGUGGGACUUGGUCCACAGUAACUUGACAUGUUCAAGAAAACUCAAUGUCCUUUAGCUCAGUCUCUCUGGAGAGCUGGGACUGGAAGUCUGGGACAUCUGAUCCCUGCUCUGAAAUGGGGAGAAUGUCUUCUGGUGGCACACAAAUCCUUCAGGGACAUCUCCUUCUUGGGCAAGGAGGGCAGAGACACUGCACUCGCAGGCAGGGUUUGCAAUACUGUUUGCUCCUGUACUGGAAUGUGGUUCACUUAUCUCCAGCUGGGUUGGGGGUUACUGAAAAAGAAGAGAUAAAAAAAACAACACGACAAAUCUAGCACAAAGUUGAGAGAGGGAAAGGGCAGAGGGGUUUUUGCUCUGGUUUAGGUACCCCCUCCACUGGAGCAUGAUGCACUGUGGGAUGGGGGGAGGAAGGGAGGGAUGUAGCACAGGUAUUUUUUGGAGACGUUCAGGGUCUGGCUAUCCAGGGAAGCUGCUCCAAGGGAGUUGAGUGGUUUACAAGUGCGUGAGCCCCCUAUGGCUCAAAAGUCAAGGGGAUUUUAUUUAUUAUCUCAAAUUACUCCUCCAUGCAAGGUUUUAGUGACACUGACCCUGUGACCAUUGGGUUCCCUCCUGCUGAAGUCCUCUCUUGUGUCCCCACUAUGCAGCUGCAAAAAGGGGCUCUCCCCUGAGGCUGGACCUCACCAGCCCUGAGCCCCCAUUAGGGUUUCAGCCAGGUGGUCAGGGGAUUGGGAUCUUUGUCCUCAGUAGAGGGUCCCACAUGAUGCUGGCUCCCAGCACCAGACUGGGCUGUGCUCUGCUCCCUAGCCUCUCUGCUGGCCUUGCUGUUCGUGCACUCUGGAGGAAUGUACCCAGCCGAAAUUCCUCAGGGAUUUGUUCCUCCUGGCAGGAAAGGGACAAGGCAGGCUGCCCUUGACCCUGGCCAAGGUAGUGGCAGACAAACAUAGCCCGAGCUGCAGCAGCACAGGGGCUUAUCUCACCUGGUACCCCAGCUUGGGUGCAGGCAUCCUGGGGACUUGCUGCAGGGAGACCCUCUCCUUGCAGCAGGGCUGUCCUGGUGGGGUUGCCUCAGACAGGGAUGACAGCCCUCAAAGACCCCAUGUGUGGCUGCUUGGCCUCAGCCCUGGUUUUACAGGAAGCUGUGUGCUCCAGGGCAGGUUGGAGAGCAUCGGUCCUGCCCUGGAAUGUGGAGAGGGGUUCAAGGGCAUAAGGUGAAAGGGGGCUGGUGUUUUGCCCCACAGCUGCUAAUCUCAGAGGUGUUGCAGUGUUUGUUCUGAAGGAUGAGGCCCAGGAGCAUGAUGGAGUGGUAUCACAAGACAUGGCCCUUUUUCUUUGGGCUGAAAGGGCCACUGGAGCUGUCAAGAGGAGCCGCAAGCCACCUGCUGUGGUGGAAACCCCCCCAACACAGAGGGACACUUGGCCACACAGGGGCCAUGGAUGCUCUCCAGCCACCAACUGCAGGUGUGAGCAAAGACACAGACAUGUGCAAAGCCACAAGUGUGCCUGGGUGCUGCUGUGCCAGCUCUGGGCACAGGCUCUGCACACGCGGAUGUCACCAUGCUUAUGACUUGCACGCACAGAUGUCCCUGCAUGCCAUGGGGGGGGCACACAGAGCCAUGGCCCUGAGCGCACACAGCAAAACAUGGACACAUGUGCACUCGCUCUCUCUCCCUCCCUGGUGCCAGAUAUUGAAAGGAAAAAAUUUAGACUACCUCAAACAUCCCCCUGUGCAGUGCCUUUUUUUUUCUCUCCUAAAUGUGCUUUGGAAAUGGGCCUGUUUCAUUUAUCCCAAGUCUGUACGUUCCCGAGGUCUGAAAACAAACAAAAAAGGGGCAUAAACCAGCCAAAAAGGCACCUUCAUGCCAAACUAUGCCACUUCUCAGCAAAUGUCCCUCAUCUGCUCAGAUGAGAUGCAAAUUUGAGAAAGAGCCUGUUGCUGCCAGGGCUCAACUGUGGGUACUGGGGCUGGCAGUGAUACUGUGAUUUAUGAUGCACCAAGCAGCACCAUGUCCCUGGGGCAAGUGCCCUUCGCUUUUCCAUCCCUCCUUCCUUCCAACAGGAGUGAGUUCAGAAAUACUUUCAAAUUGACUCAGUAAUUUAUGUCAGGUACAGUACAUUGGGCUAUAUAUUUAUCCUAUGUGCAGGGAUAGCUCUUGGUCUCUGUAGCAAUGCAUACAAGGAGCCAGGACUGCCUGCAGAAAUCUCUCAGUGUUGCUCUUCACCUGGUGGGACCUGUACAGAGAAACCUUGUAGACUUUGGUGAAUAAUGUAGUUUCUAAAUAAAGGUUAAAAGAGAAGGGAAAAAACA